AUGGCCGACCCGAACGCAACUAGUGCCAACCGUAUCGAUCUCCGUGUUGGAGGCAAGUACCGCCUCGGAAAAAAGAUUGGUUCAGGUUCCUUUGGUGACAUCUAUCUCGGAAUCAACAUCAUAUCUGGAGAGGAGGUUGCCAUCAAGCUUGAGUCUGUCAAGGCCAAGCAUCCCCAGCUCGAAUACGAAUCCAAGGUCUACAAGACUCUUGCUGGUGGUGUCGGUGUUCCGUUCGUUCGGUGGUUUGGUACCGAAUGUGACUACAACGCCAUGGUCCUCGACCUCCUCGGCCCUUCUCUGGAAGAUCUUUUCAAUUUCUGCAAUCGCAAGUUCUCACUCAAAACUGUGCUCUUGCUUGCGGAUCAAUUGAUCUCUCGUGUCGAGUACAUCCACUCGCGCAACUUUAUCCAUCGCGAUAUCAAGCCUGACAAUUUCCUCAUGGGAAUUGGCAAGCGUGGUAACCAAGUCAAUAUUAUCGAUUUCGGUCUGGCCAAGAAGUAUCGAGAUCCCAAGACCCACCUCCACAUCCCUUAUCGUGAGAACAAAAACUUGACUGGUACUGCCCGCUACACCUCGAUCAACACGCACUUGGGUGUCGAACAAGCUCGCCGUGAUGACCUCGAGUCUUUGGCCUACGUCCUCAUGUACUUCCUGCGUGGUGCACUCCCCUGGCAAGGUCUCAAGGCUGCCACCAAGAAGCAGAAGUACGACAGGAUCAUGGAGAAGAAGAUGACCACGCCGACCGAUCUGCUCUGCCGUGGCUUCCCCAAUGAGUUUGGCAUCUUCCUCAAUUACUGCCGUGCCCUCCGCUUUGACGACAAGCCGGACUACUCCUAUCUGCGCAAGCUCUUCCGCGAUCUCUUCGUCCGCGAAGGCUUCCAGUACGACUAUGUAUUUGAUUGGAGCGUUCAACAACGUAACGAAGAUGGUACUGUCAAGCCCCCUCGCGCUACGCGCAAGCCGACUGAAGAAGCUGACCCUAUUGCAGAACAACCUCGUCGUCAAACCAGGCAAAGCGCUCAGGCCAAUGCUCAGCGCAUGACGCAGUACUAA